AUGUACACACGAUCGCCUCAUGUCGGCGGCCAAAGGUCACUCAUCAAUCCUCCGACGUUUAUCGAAUACAAGGAUGCGCGGUUCCUCAUCGUCGACGCACCAAGUAACAACAACCUACCUCUUUAUAUUGAAGAAUUCACUCGGUGGAACGUUACCGAUGUAGUGCGUUGCUGCUAUGCAACCUAUUCCCCCGUGCCGUUGAAGGAACAAGGUAUCCAAGUCCAUGAUUGGGUUUUCGGUGAUGGUGAAGCACCUCCCACGCACAUUGUCGAUGCAUGGCUUGACUUGAUCGACGAACGAUUUGGAAACACAACAUCCGAUACCACAACAUCUCCUCCUUCUUCUUCUUCUUCAACAACAACAACACCUGCAUGCAUUGCGACGCAUUGUGUCGCCGGUUUAGGAAGGGCACCUGUUCUGGUGGCGAUUGCACUUAUCGAACUUGGUAUGCCAGCUUUGGAUGCUGUUGCUUAUAUCCGUGAGCGGCGACGAGGAGCCAUCAAUAACAAGCAGCUCAAAUACAUUGAAGGAUACAAACGACGAACAAAAAACAAGUGUAUAAUAUGCUAG